UUGCUCUGAUUCCUUGAGUCACAUUUAUGAGGUUAGACCGAAUAUUGGCUGGUUCGAUUGUUUAUUUUACUAUUUAAAAAACAAAAUAAGGGAAAAUAAAAGAGUGUUUUUUCCUAUUUAUUGUCAACUUCGAAUAAUGCAAAGAAAUAGCAGAAUAUUUUGUACGUUAACUUUAAAGGUUAAACAAACAAAGGAAGUAGAAGACGUGAAACGACGAGGGUGAGGUGUCGUAACUCUAACGUUAACGUGUUGAAAUUACCUUGUCCUAAGUAGUAGUAGUAGCAGUCAUCGUCAGUACUACUGUUCCAUUUAUUAUCCUAUUCCAUACCAUCUCUCUCGUAUAUAUCAAGUUUUGGCGUUUGUUCAUGUUUCGGAUUUCGCCUGCUUUGCGUCGCGUCGCGGCACAAGACAGACGUGUUUGAAGAACACAAAGACAAGACACCGAAAGAUAAGAGAGUUUCAGGGUAUUGGGUCUCAGUCUUUUGUGCUUCCAUGUUUGAACCUUGAAUUCUUGAAUAGUUUUGGCUCGAUUGAAUAUGGUGGGUGAUCUUAAAGUUAGCUUUCUACCAAGUCAUAAUGGCGUGCUUUUUGGCCAUGACCGACUUUGCCCAUUUCCGUCUUCACCGUCACCAUUGCCGCCGGCAUCGAAUCCGGGAUCCGCUUUGAUUAGUUCUGACUCCUGGGAUAGAGCAGAAAUGACUACCCGAGUGAUACUUUCCAAGAUUCAGCCCACUAAGCGUUCGCACCUGAUGAGAAUGGACAUUGUUAAAUAUGUUGAGAGACUGCUUGGAAGUCAUAAUUAUCAGGUCUAUCCUUAUGGAUCUGUUCCACUAAAUACUUACCUUCCUGACGGAGACAUAGACUUGACUGUUCUGUGCCCUGCAAUUCCAAAUGAUCAGUUGGCUAUUAAUGUUUGUAAAAUUCUGAGGGAAGAAAAAAGUAAUGAAGCUGCUCAAUACAAAGUGAAGGAAAUCCAUUUCAUUGACGCUGCUGAGGUUAAGCUUGUCAAAUGCAUUAUACAGGAUAUAGUUGUAGAUAUAUCCUUCAAUCAAUUAGGAGGACUUACUACAUUUCGUUUCCUGGUACAGGUUGAUCACCAUUUGCGAAAAUCUCAUCUUUUCAAGCGCAGCCUUAUUCUAAUUAAAGCCUGGUGCUUUUAUGAGAGUCGAAUCCUUGGUAGCCAACAUGGUUUACUUUCAACAUAUGCUUUGGAAACAAUGAUCAUCUACGUUUUCCAUAUGUUCCAUACAUCCUUGAAAGGCCCUUUAUCUGUUUUGUACAAAUUUUUGGAUUACUUCAGUAAAUUUGAUUGGGAAAACCAUUGUCUGAGUUUAAAAGGACCAAUAUGCAAACACACUCACACUGUAGUUGAGGUUCCAGUAAAUGAUACCGGUGCUUUACUACUAAGCAAAGAAUUUCUCAUAAAUUGUCGGAAAUUGUUUUGUAUUUCAUUUGAUGGGCUUGAGACAGACUUGGUUUUGUUUCAUGUGAAACACCUCGAUAUAAUUGAUCCUUUAAAAGAAAACAACAAUCUUGGCCGAAGUGUCAGUAGAGGCAAUUUCUAUCGAAUAUGCAGUGCUUUAAAGUUAGGGGCUCGCAAGCUCGGGUGGAUUCUUUCAUUAUCUGGAGAAAGAAUGACGGAGGAGCUCAACAAGUACUUUGCUAACACUUUGAACAGGCAAAGAGUAGAUAGAGCUCGUUGUUUUGGUAUGCAAAGAGUAAAAGAUUCUGAACCCUCGUCAUCCAGCCAUCGAGCAAGUGUUAAAGGGCAGACAUAUCAUCUGAAAGAUGAAGAUGAUUUUCCUCCUCUCUCCUUUGCCUGGUAGUGUUGAGGCAUUUCAUCUUAUAUCUUGUUUUAUAUAUAUAUUAUAGUUGCUAAGGAGCUAGCCACUGAUGGUAACUGGUGCACCCCAAAGGUGUCUUGUUGCUGGAGCAGUACACAAAUUAUAUAGAAUGUAGAAAAUUACUUGCUGUAUAUUCAUUUCUUUCCUCAUUUUAUUUUCGUAACGAGCUUAAUCAUGCAAGUAGACUAUUAGUUCUAAGCACUAAAAUAAAGAAGAAAAGAACUUGUUAAAUGACCAUUUGAUGGUGACAACUCGUUGAAUUUCUAGUGUUCUAAUGAAAAGAUUUUGAUGACUUACAAUAGUA